AUGAUUGUUCUAGCGAUAAUAACAAUACUAUUAAUUGGUGAAACGAAUGCACAAUUUGGUUUUAAUUCGUUCAAUAGAAAUAUUGCAGGCGAUAACUCGUUGAACAAUAACUUGAAUUUAAAUCCAAGACCCAGUCCUGGUCAACCUCAACCGAACCAACCCGCUCAACCUCAACCGAAUCAACCUGGUCAAUCUCAACAGAGUCCUUUUCUUCCUGCACUCGGCGGUUUCAUUCUAGGCACAGCAUUUGGUAGAAGCUUGAGAUAUCCUUACGGUUAUUAUCCGUACUAUUAUUAUCCGUAUUAUUAUCCAUAUUAUUAUCGUGGUUAA